AUGUCCAACCAGCCGCCCCACGCACCAAGGCACCACCAUCAGGGCCAGCACCUAAGCCAUCACGCCCCAACCCAUCCCCCCAAGAACGACGAAGACACCCCUAUUGACCAACUCCGCGCCGAGCUAGGCGCCCAGAGCCUGCAGUUCGGCAUCUUCAAGCAGCAGCUCACGAGCCAGCUCACCGCCCUGGUCCAGAACCACAACGCCCUGAUCCAGGCGCACAAGACCCUGCAGCAGGAGAACAAGCUCCUGCGCGACGAGGUCGCCCACCAGCGCGCGGAGCUCGCCACUCUGCGGUCCGAGGUGCACGCGGCCGUCGGCGAGUGGAAGAGGGAGAUCCGCUGGGCCGGCACCUUCAUGCAAGGCAUGUGGGACCAUAUCCAGAAGCUGUGGACGGAAUUGCGUACGGUCGAUGAUAGGGCCCGCAGCGAGCUUUUUGAGUGGUUGAGUGAGUUGGAUACUAAUUAG